AUGCCCGACAGGUCGCUCACUGUAGCUACGUAUGCCGCCGGGGCGUCUCUUGCUGCUAUUACCUUAAUUUAUGUUUUCGGCCCUACUUAUUUUCUCGAUAGCGAUCCCUCCUCUACUUCAUACGGCGUCUUUUCGUCGCGGAAGAACGGUAUCAUCGGGCUCUCGAAUACCGCUAACGAUUGCUUCAUCAACUCGGUGCUCCAGGCUCUUGCCGGGCUAGGUGACCUUCGGCUUUACCUGAUUCGGGAGACACACCGUCGCGGCUUGGACGAUGGCUGGGUGCAUACUCAGACGGUUUCGACCUCUGCAUGGCCUAGAAGCGUCGGACAGAAGAAAGCUGCUGUGGAGUCUAUGAAGAACAUGCCGGACUGGAAAGCCGAGGGCCUGCAAAAAGGCCUUGUCACAAAGGCUUUAAAGGAUAUACUAGAUGCGCUGAAUGAGCGCCCAAUUUAUAGAAAAACGAUAUCUGCUGGGCCUUUCGUCAAGACUCUUGAACAAGCCUUUCGACAACGGAUAAGUCGCCAACAGCAGGACGCGCAGGAAUUUUUGCAAGUCGUGGCCGAAAGGCUAUGCGACGAGUAUCACGCGGGACGUAGGGCAAGGAGAUUCGCGAGACAGAAAGCAACAUACUCCAGCCCUGGGCGCCCAACACACCCUCCUCCGCUUGAUAGUGGAUUGGUGAAGGAACGGCUCGCCGGCCUUGGCUUUGCUUCUGCGGAUGAUCCCUCUCAUCGAGACCGGGCGAGUUCCUCGGAAGAUGCUGACCCUGCCGCAUUAACCAAGGCUGUGGUAAGCACUCAGGAGGAGGACGAGGGGGAGAAGGAGGAUGGGUUCCCGCUCGAAGGGAAAUUCGAAUCACAGAUCGAGUGCCUAACCUGCGGGUUUAAACCACGGCCGAAUGAAUCAACAUUCUGUUCCUUGACCCUCAACGUUCCUCAAUCGUCAGCCACCACGUUGAACGCAUGUUUUGACGGCAUGUUCAAGACAGAAUACAUCGACGACUUCAAGUGCGAAAAAUGCCGUUUACUCCAUGCCAUUUCUGUGCUCAAGGAAGAGGCGCAAAAGUCCCACACGGAAACCCUGCGAAAAAAGACUUGGAUGAGUAUAACCAGGCUUCAGCUCGCCAUCGACACGGACCCCGAACAUCCCCCGCCAGACAUAACGCUGCCAGACCUCCGCUUUGCGCCGAAGCGGAGGAUAGCGCGGCACAUUCGGCUGACUGAAUUCCCAAAGGUCUUGGCUAUUCACCUGUCACGAUCAAUAUUCGACGCCAGUAGCCUGUCGCACAAGAACUCGGCAAAGGUGUCGUUCCCUGAGCUGUUACCUCUUGGCGGGCUGCUCCAACAGAGAAAGUACAAGCUACUAGGACUGGUGACACACAAGGGAAGUCACCAUAGCGGACACUACGAAUCCUUUCGUCGACAGAAUACAUAUCCGCCAUUUUCCAACCCAAACACAUUCCAGGUCUCUGGGGUCUAUAGCAAGGCAGCCAGUCCAACAUUGACACCUCAUUCCAAACUUAUCCAGCAGGAGUCAGAGGGAAGCAGCCCACUGACGUCGACUCCUGACCUCCUGUCCCCCCGACCAGAAACCGACCUCGAUGCGAACGGCGCGCAGUUAGUUUCGUUGCCAACCCGUUCCCCGAUAUCCAAAAUCGCACCUAAACCCUCGUUGCGUGCCGGUGGUCAAGCGUCAACUAGGGUGGACUCACCAGAAGCACCGCUACCCCCUGCUUCUAAACAGAGGCAGCGGAAGCCACCUGGCCGUUGGUGGCGAAUCAGCGAUGAGAAGGUCAGAGUAGCGAGCACUCGUGAUGUGCUGAGUAUGCAGCGUGAGGUCUACUUGCUCUUCUACGAACUGGAGAAGUAG